CAUUCCAAAGAAAGAAAAUUUAUUUCCAGACGGCGAGGUCACUAUGUGGCUUUAAACAACGGGCAGAAUUUCAACAGUGUACGAAGAUAGGGAAGGAAGAGUAUUCCUAAGGAGAAAGAGCCAGGAGCAAUCUUUAGAAGAUCGAAACAACACAAACAUUAGACAGUACAACUGCCUCAAAGUGCUGGGAAUUGCAGGAUGACAGACGCUUCUGAAGCUGUUCCAAAUUUUGAAGAGAUGUUCGCCAGUAGAUUCACAGAAGAUGACCAAGAAUACCAGGAAUACCUGAAGCGCCCUCCUGAGUCCCCUCCGAUCGUCGAGGAGUGGACUAGCAGAGCCGCUGGGAACCAGAGAAAUAGAGGCAAUCGGUUGCAAGAUAACAGACAGUUUAGAGGUAGGGAUAGCAGACGGGGGUGGCCCAGUGACAAUCGAUCAAAUCAGUGGCAUGGACGAUCCUGGGGUAACAAUUACCCGCAGCACAGACAAGAACCUUACUACCCCCACCAGUACGGACACUAUGGUUACAACCAACGGCCUCCCUAUGGUUACUACUGAUGGAAACGGCAGCAGCUUUUAGUAAAACCAUUACUCUGUUAACAUGACAAAAGUUUGUAUCUUCUGUUGGUCAUAGUUUUACGUUUGAUUUCAGAGACUGGAUUAUUAACUUUUUGGCACUUCUGACUUUUUUUUUUUUUUAAAUGAGAUCUUACCAGAGACAUUAUGGUUGCUGGGAAUAAGUAUGCCUCUAAAAAGGUUGUGGAUUUAUUACCUGACUUCUACCUCAGAUUUCUUCUUUGUUUCAUGACUUAACAGUCUUUGAACUUGCUGUGUGUUUUCUUUGUUUGACCUCUAGGAGUUCUGUCUUUGUUUUACACAGAAAUAAAAAUUUUAAAGUAGAAAA